AAAUUGUUCUUUAACGACUGAAAGGCGUGGCUUAGCUGAUAAAGAUAUCCAAUAUAUUUUCUUAGAAGAGAUGCCUGUUUCUUGUGUUGACCAUUAAAUUGGUGAUUUUUUUUAUUAAUGAGGUUGUAAUAGGAUGUUAUCUUAUCUUAACAUGAGUGUAUGUUAACUUUAAAAUAAACCAGAAAAAGUUUGAACAAAAAUUAAAAACAGGUGUUUAAACAAAAGAUGGAACCAUUAAAAUUAAAUAAAGAAAGUGUUUCAAAACAUUCAAAAGACAUGGAAAGGUCAAAUAAAGAUGACAAUCCCGAGGAAAACCGAACUAAAGCUAAACUAUCAUUUGGAAUGAGUAGAAUUCUAGACAAUAGUGAAAAAACUAACGAGGAACAAACUGUGCAAGAAAUAAAUUCGGACGAUGAGGACGAAUCUCGCCACGCAGAAUCCCCAGAUUUUAUAAAAAAACGAAUAAGUGAACUGAGUGGAUAUAACAGUUUUGCACAUUGUUUACAACCAAUGCCAUAUGUACCGUUCGGACUGUGUGGUAUCCCAUCAUUAACACUUCCAAUUCCCAGACCGAAUCCUGUUGUUCCUGUGUUAUCGUCAUACUCGUUCCCGGGAUGGAUGGAUCUCAGGAGGGACAGAUAUAGCAUAACGAGAAGAAUUGGUCAUCCAUACCAGAACAGAACCCCACCCAAAAGGAAGAAACCUCGAACAUCAUUCUCAAGGUUACAGAUCAUGGAACUAGAGAAACGGUUCCAUAGACAGAAAUAUCUAGCCUCAGCAGAAAGAUCAGCACUUGCUAAGGGUUUAAAGAUGACAGACGCUCAAGUUAAAACUUGGUUUCAAAACAGACGGACGAAAUGGAGACGUCAAACGGCAGAAGAACGGGAAGCGGAGCGUCAAGCAGCAAAUCGUCUAAUGAUGAGUCUCCAGUCCGAGGCUAACAAAACAGUUUACGAUAUCAGAGACCCUCUGUGUAUGAGCAAUUCGUCACUUCAUGCUCUUCAGAAUUUGCAACCUUGGGUGGAUGAAAGUUCUAUGAGUUAGCAUAUGGUCAGCUUUAUUGCUUUAUUUAGUUAUGGUCAGUGAGUUGAAGAAAGGUGUAUUAAUUUGGAACUAUUUGAUUUUAAAUCAA